AUGGCCCUGUGGGUGUGGCGUGAAAGGAGCUUGCUCAUGCUGCAUGGAGAUGCGCGUUUACUCCAAUCCAAUACAAUUUCACUCUCAACUCUUACGCUACCUACCUCCCAAUUUCUUCUUCUUCUUCUUCAUCAUCCAUUCUCACACACACAUAUAUAUAGGUAUGUAUGUAUAUAUAUCCCCCCAACCUCCCCACAUCCCAUGCCCUACUCCUAUUGUUAUUUUCAAACACUACAAACAACACCUACUCCUAUACUCAAUACUUUCUCUCUCUCUCUCUCUCUCUGUCUGUCUGUCCUCUGUGUGUGUGUGUGUGUGUCUACAAAUAGAGAGAUCAUCUCGUAGAAGCGACGUCCGCUGAAAUAUAUAUAUAUAUAUAUAUAUAUAUAUAUUCAGGUGGUAAGACAUCGUACGUAGGUGGUGCCUCUGCUUGUUGGGUUUCCCUGUGGACAAACUGCACCUUCUUUAAUUUUCCAGCUAGUACCUAAGUAUUGCCGAAAUCAUCUGCGAAAUGUUAAGAUUACUCAGAAGCUGCAGAUCAGAGUCAAAAAGGAGGACUAGUAAUGCGGUACUACUGUUGGCGCAAAUUAGACAACGUCGACCACUUUCUUCAGCAACAACGGACAAUAGUGCUACAACAGCAUCAGCAGCAGCCAGACGUCUUGAAGGGAAGGUUGCCCUCAUAACUGGUGGUGCAAGCGGUCUUGGGAAGGCUACAGCACAAGAGUUUAUCCAACAUGGAGCUCGAGUUGUCAUUGCCGAUAUCAAUACCCAUUUGGGUCCACAAGUCUCCCAUCAAUUGGGACCUCUAGCCCACUUUGUGGCAUGUGAUGUUGGCAGUGAGGCCCAGAUCGCUGAAGCUGUUAACCUCACCCUGGCCCGCCACGGCAAGCUCGACAUUAUGUGCAACAACGCUGGAAUCGCAGGUUCUCCUUUUCCACCCAGCAUCAUUGAUCUUGACCUCAAUGAAUUCGACCGCGUCAUGCGGAUAAAUGUCCGGGCCACCAUUGCGGGUAUCAAACAUGCGGCCCGGGCCAUGAUCCCGGCGGCCUCAGGCUCCAUAUUGUGCACCGCCAGUAUUAGCGGGCUUAUGGGUGGGCUUGGACCGCAUCCAUACACGGUCUCCAAAUUUGCAAUACCUGGGAUAGUGAAGUCGGUGGCGAGUGAGUUGUGCAAACAUGGGGUUCGAAUAAAUUGCAUCUCGCCAUCACCCAUUCCCACACCACUAGUGGUGGACCAAUUUGCUCGAAUAAUGGGGGGCGGCUGCAGUAGGGAGCAGAUUGUUGGGAUAAUAAAGGGGUUGGGGGAGCUAAAGGGUGCGAUUUGUGAAGAAGUGGAUGUGGCCAGGGCAGCCUUGUAUUUGGCUUCCGAUGAUGCUAAAUACGUAACAGGCCAUAAUCUUGUUGUGGACGGAGGCUUUACUGCCUUCAAAACUCUUCAAUUCCCUACCACCCAUGCAUGAACAUAUAUAUAUCUAUAUAUAAUUAAGUUUUAAUUU